AUGGCGCCGUGGCACGCAGCUCCCGCCACCACCGCGCUGCUGCUCAUCGUUCUUGCGCUGCCGCAGUGUGAGCCCAGAGACAUGCCCGCGCCGCCGGCAAAGAUCAGCACCACGGCCGAGGGCGCCGCCCCCGCCGUGGGACUCAACGACCACAAGACCUUCCUUCCAGGCAUGGGCAGUGGCCUGGGCGGAGGCUACGGUGGCGGCGUUGGAGGCUUCGCUGGCCCCGGUGGCAUUGGAGGUAUCGGUGGGGUCGUCGGUGGCCUUGGCGGCCUCGGCGGCGGAGGCCUUGGUGGUCUUGGAGGGGGACCAGGAUCCGGUGGUGGUCUCGGGGAGUCGCCACAUACCACCAGCGCCGGGACCCAAGAGGCGGGAGGCCAGGAGAAGCCAGCGCCGCCGCCACCCCCUUGCGCCGCUCAGUGGAGUCACCACCUGCGCGGCUACGCCGGGACCCAGGAGGCCAGGAUCAGAAGCCAGUGCCGCUGCCACCCCGCCUGCGUCGCCUGGAGACGCUGCGCCGCCGGCCUGCCUCCACUUGCGCCGCCGAGAGACGUGCUGCUUCUGUUGGACGAUGUGCUGGCAAAGAUCACGAGCCGGCUCGAGCCGGACCACGAGCCGAGCCUUGUGUGCAGCUCGGUUCGAGUACCGAGCCGAGCCAAGCUGAGCCAGGUAUUUCGUGAGCUUCCACGAGCCCGGCUCGGCUUGGCUCGUUUCGACCCCUAUGCAUGA